ACAGCGAGCAAAAAUGUGCCUUUUCUUCUUCUGACAAUUAAAUUAAAUUUGACGAAAAUGUUGUUGGCAAAUCUUUUGCGACGAAGAUGCUCCGGUUCUCUUCCCUUGCUUCUAGGAACCGUCGUUGUUUUAUGGUUUUGCUCUUCACAUCAUGUUGCAGCAACAGGCUCUAAGGUGGAGUAUCUCCCAGGGGUUCGACCUGAAGGGCCUCUUCCAUUUGAACUUGAAACCGGAUAUAUCGGUGUUGGAGAAUUAGAAGAUAUACAACUUUUUUACUAUUUUGUAAAGUCUGAAUCAAAUCCCAGUAUUGAUCCUAUUGUGCUUUGGAUCACCGGUGGUCCCGGGUGCUCUUCUUUUGUUGCAAUGACGGAAGAAAUUGGGCCAUUGUUAUUUGAUCUACCAAAGAAUAACUGGACUUUGCCUACAUUGUCACUAAAUCCUUAUUCAUGGACAAAGGUUGCAAGCUUUAUCUAUCUAGAUUAUCCCGUGGGAGCAGGAUUUUCGUAUGCUAAAAGUUCAAAAAAUUAUACUGCGAAUGAUGUAGAAGCAAGUUAUCAUGCAGCUGAAUUCAUUCGCAAGUGGUUAGAAGAUCAUUUUCAAUAUCAAUCAAACUCAUUCUAUGUUGGUGGAGACUCAUAUUCUGGUAUUACCGUUCCAAUGGUUGUUCAAGCAAUAUCAUAUGGGAUUGAUGCAAGAUUUAAGUCACACGUUAAUCUUAAGGGCUACGUCAUUGGCAAUGGAGUCACAACUCAACAUGACAACUACAGCGAUAUUUUUCGAACGGCUCGCGGAUUUAGUCUUAUUUCAGAUGAACAGUAUAUGAGAACGAAAGAUUGUACGGGAGAUUGCAUAAAUAGGUUGCGUUUACUGAAUACCGGGCCACAUUUUUAUUGGCCUAAUGUUAUUGGAGAAGAAAAUGAUGCUAAAAGGUUUCGUGGAUACAAUAUACAUGCCUUUGAUCGUCAUUUAAUAUUUAAGGCUGCAGUAAUUGCAUCUCAUUGGAUGAAUCAUGAUGAUAACGUUCUAGAGGCCCUGCAUGUUCGGAAGGGAUGCGGUGAAAAAUGGGCUAAAUGCAGGAUACCUUUGCGAUAUGAAAGAACUGUGAAAGACACUAGAGCAUAUCAUGCAAAUCUUAGCACAAAAGGUUACAGAUCUCUUAUAUACAGUGGAAAUGCUGAUUUGUAUGUGAAUUCAUUUUAUGCUGAAACAUGGACAAAAUCAUUGAAUUAUUCUGUCAUUAAUGAUUGGCGACCUUGGAGGAUGAACAAUCGAAUUGUUGGCUAUACAAGGACCUUCUCCAACAACAUGACAUAUGCCAAAAUCUUGGGAUCGGACCACAUUGCUCCAACAAUCACACCUGCGGAAUGCUUCAUCAUGUUUAAGAGAUGGAUAUCACAUGAACAACUUUAAUAUUGUAUGGCAAAUGGUAAAAUAUACGUUAGAAGUAUGUUUCCUUCGAAAACAUAUGGCUGUACUUGAGUUUUAUUUGGAUGGUUUAUGAUGAACGUCAACAAAUACAAAAUAUUGUUAUAAUAUUAUUGUAAUGAAUAAAUUACUGUGGAGAAGCACCUUGUGCUCAGAUGGCAUGUAGUGACUCUCUUAUAUGGGAGGUCAUAAGAUCGAGUCUCAGUGGAGGUGGUGUUGACUCUAAAAGUAGUGGUAGCUUUAAAAAAAAAAAUUAAUGCUA